AUGUACAAAUUCACAAGUAUCUUGGAGAAAGAUGAAAAGUUCUCAAAGCAGGCUAACAAAGGUGUGCCCACUAUGAAUGAAGUGGUGGCUCAUUUGAAAAUACUUUUCGCAUUCAAAGAACUCAGAGCUCAGAUCACUACUGGCGUAUCGGAUUCUGCCCAUGCCGAGAAACUCUGGCAGUGCUACGUUACAGUUGCAGUACGGCGGUUCAAUGUGUUUAUCAAUGCUUUGAUAGACCAGAAGCAUCCCCUAAAGAAUUUCGAAUUGCUUCCUCCGCUUGAUGUGCUUCUUGUGUGGCAUUCGUUCUUGUUGAACCCCCGGUCAUAUUAUGCCAAUUUCACCACAAACCUCUUUCCCGAAUUUUUGUCUGUCCCAUUCCCCUUGCACCACGUGCAAAAGUCCAUAGACGAUACAAAAUUUGUGUUUGCACCUACUACUGACGAGAGCGACAAGUUCUGCGUUUUUAUGGAGUCGUACUUGGUGAAAAUUGGAUCGCAGGAAAGGUUCACUUAUGAUUCAUACCAGCCAUUCGACCCAUCUACCAUGUCAUUUACCAUCACCUGCCCAGUAUGCAACAGCGAGCUUGGAACUGUUCCGUUGUCCACUGACAAUCACACUGGUUUUGCGGACGCAGAAUUCGCUUUUAAAGCCAAGCGGUGUGAGUGCAGCCAGGAGAUGGUGGUGGACCAUAUGGAACUCCGGUUCCGGAAGUUCACUAACGACGUCAAGAACACCAUGACAUUGACACCCGUGUUCAAAUACUGUUCACCUCUGCUCACUAAGAGGGAACUCUCCAUGUCGCAAAUGGAUAUGAAAGUGAAGAGAUUGCAGCCAUUACUCAAGCAAAAGGAAAAGUUUAAAAGUAUUCAUCAAGUAUGUCCAAGUACGUUACGGAUGGAACUAUUGGUCCUCAGAGAGUACAUGGAGGUCAACCCGGUGUAUAUGACGAUUCCCACUUCUACUCCAUUUGCCAUUCAUGAGGACUUGGUUGCGUGUGUUAUUCGUCAACAAACUUUCAUUGAAAAAAUGAUCAAGCUCGACUGGAUCCACUCCCAGUACAUUGACAUUACGGUAAUGGAGGCAAUUAAAAGGUAUAAGCAGUUCUUUCUGAUCAUGAAAUCAACACAAAAUCCCCUUGUCCCCACUUUAGAUAUUGACUUGGUAUGGCAUACGCACCAGCUUAACCAAGAACAGUACAUCGGCUAUUCAACCAGUAUCGCUGGCUACUUUGUGGACCAUGAUGACAAGAUUGAAGAAAAUCGGUUGAACUACUCCUAUGAAAAAACCUGUGAAAAAUUUAAAAGGAUGUUCAAAAUCGAUUAUUCCAUUUGUCUCUGUAACUACUGCACCUACAAUCGGAAUGUCCACAGAAAACGGUUUUCCACCAAGCCCAAAAAACCGGUGGUGACGUCUGGUGACGAGGCCUUGUCUCAUAUAAGCAGCCACAAUGCUGUCUUCGUUCCC